AUGGCGACCCUCAUCCGCCCGCACACAGCAUCCUCCAUCCCCUCGCCGAACCGGCCGCAAACCAGCCACAGCACACGCUCCACCAUCCGGCGCGUCACACCCUCCCCAGACUCCCUCUCUGAAGCCCUGCAUCGCGGAUUCGCCUCUGCUUCCACGCCCCGCCUGCGAAGCCGCUCCCGCUCUCCUCCUCUGUCCAAUCCUCCCGACGCCGAGUCCGUGAGGCCGCGGACAGCUGGUUCACAGGCGCCUCAUCGCCGCGACUUUGUUUCGCAAAUCCCAAAACCUGCAGCGGGUCUACGACGCAGCGGCGCCGGUCGUAUAUCACCCACGAAGCGCGGCGUUUCACUGCGCAAAUACCGGCCAUUGUCAACGCCUUCUCCGCUGCCUUCGCACCGCGAAGUGUCCCACCAGAUCGCCCCAGCGAUGACCGCGCCGCUGGGCUCCGCACCGCUCCCACCUUCACCUACGCCCUCGCGCCCCGAGACACCCACGCCGAUGACGGCAGACCAGCGCCGUGCGCAGUACGCAUCGCUCGGCGGCUCUCCCACCCUGCAUGCCGCUCCGGACGAGGCCGCUGAAGCCUCUGACAGCAUCUCUCCUGCUCCCCUCGCAAGCACCAAACAAGCGACCUCAAAUUCGGGCUCUUUCAACCCCACCCGGCAGGCUCGUAACGCUUCUGUCAGCACAGGCGCAGCGUCAUACCAAACGACGUUCUCGACACCAGGAAGAGAUGAGCUUGAGAGGAAGAAGGUGGAAAGUCACAUGGGACCAUUUGCGAGGGACGAGGGGCCGUUCGGGACCGCGAAGAGCGUUAAGGACUUGGAGGAAAGGAGGCGGAGGGUAUCUGAGGGUUCGAGGAGAGGCGAGGAGAGAAAGAAGGGGCUAUGUGGGUGCGGACUGCGGUGCGUCGUUAUGUAG